GUGUAGUUCUUGGAUACGUUUAUACCUGAGUGCAGCUGCGUGCUGAAUGCAUCUCAAUGCAGAGCGCAUCAGUUAUUUCGCAAUCGCGAAUGCAAUAUCGAAAAUACCAGAGCAGAAAAGCAAAAGCAAAAGCACCCAUCGAAAUGGAGGCGACACUCAGCUCCGGAGGAUCAUCAAAUGCCUCCAGCGAGUGCGCUAUUGAUAGCGGAACGAACCGCUGUCGCGGCUUAGAGCCCAACAAUGGCACCUGCACCCUCAGCCAGGAGGUAAAGGAUCUUUAUAGAUCCCUUUACACCGCUUCCAAGCAACUGGAUGAUGCCAAGAAGAAUGUCCAGACUGUGGGACAGCUGUUCCAGCAUGAAAUCGAGGAAAAGCGCUCGCUGCUGGUGCAGCUGUGCAAGCAGAUCAUUUUCAAGGACUACCAGUCGGUGGGCAAAAAAGUGCGCGAGGUAAUGUGGCGUCGUGGAUACUACGAGUUCAUCGCCUUUGUCAAGAAGAGCUGGCACAAGCAAGGCCAAGAUGCGCCCACUGCUCAGGAGAACAUGCUGAAAUUAGAGAGAUUUCUCUGCGCCGGGAUCUUCAAUUACAAGCGACUUUCUUCGCGCAUGGAGGAGAUAUACGAUCUGGAUUUAAAGUAUUUGAUUGAUUUUUCCAUCAUCAGUGAUGGUUAUAUAAGCGAUAUGAUUGGGGACACCAAGGAGACGUCCCAUUCCAGCACUCAGGCGGUUGACAAGAGCCUGGAGGCAGUGUCAUUCGCUCUCGACACCAUACACUCAUCCUUGCUUAGUCUGGGCGAUUUGCAUCGCUACUUUUUGGACUUUCGCAUCGACAGCAAGCUGAGUAUCAGCAAGGAGCAGGUCGCCAAGUACUAUUUGGAAGCCUUCAAGCUCAAUCCGGCCAUUGGUAUGGCCCAGAACCAGUUGGGAACCCUGUAUUACGGUCAAAACCAUGAUUUGGACUCUACUUACCACUACUUGUACUCGCUCGUGUGCAUCAUACCCUUCGAAUUGAGCGAAAAUAACCUAAACAAAUUGUUCACGAAGCACACCGAAUAUUUGGAGCAAAUGGAUCCCGAGAAACUGGACUUUAGCAUCGAGGAUUUCUUCGCACGCUUUUAUCUGAUCGUGGACAUUUUCUUUUUUGACAAGGAAGUGCCGGAUUUCAACUCUUUGUGCCACUGCGUGCUUAUUGAUUUACGCAAAAUCCUUUGCUCUCAGCAGCUGCGUGUUCCAGAGCCCAGUAUCUUCAAGAUCGUCUCGAUUCUGUUCUUUUGUCUGUCCAAGCUAAAGAUGAUUAACUCACCAAAGGUCUACUCGUUGCACGCUUUUCUGGUGGCCGCCUGCUCGGAUCUAAUGGACGCCUGCAUCGUCAGCAUUGAACAGACGAUCCUGGCCCGCGCCCAAGACAAUGAACAUUUUCAGGCGGAGUACGAGAAACGUUUCCAGGAGUUUGACACUGGGGUGCGUAAGUCUCGUAAUGAGUACAAAAACUGGAUAGCAGCAGUCGGCGAGAGUGAGCGCAAGGAUAAAAAAACGAUCCCGCGUCCUCAAUCUAUUAAGGACUGCAGCUCUGACUCACGCGAAAGUCAGCACUCCGGCGAGGAAACAAAGACCCAGGAGGCUGCUGACGGCGACAAGAUCGGUGAAGGAGUCUCCACACGCUCCAGCGACGAGGCCAAGGAGUCCGAUCUUAAGACCCCGCUGUCGUGCAAAAGCAAGCGGCGUGGAAUGCGCCUACGACGCCGACGCCGCAAGAUCGCCCAGUCGGAUGACAGCUCUUGCUACGACAGUGAGAGCGAAAUGGAUACGGACUUCUACAGUGACGAGGAGGAUUACACGGAUCUCAGUUCGAAUUUCGAUACAGACUUCAGUGACAUUGAUGCAGCUGAUCCGGGUGAGGUUUGCGGGGAUGAGCACUAUGAAGCAGCUUCUUACAGCAAGAAAGAGCGCAAGUCUGGCGGCUGUGGAGGAGGCGGAUUAGUCUACUCUGACAAUGAAGACGUUGUUAUAGAGGAGGAGAAACUCAUAUAUCCCGAGGAAAUCGAACGUAGGUCCAACUCACAGGAUGUGGACUCCGAGGAGCUUCUGCGUAGCUUUGAAGUGCUGCAGUUGAACUUUAAGAGCGCAGAGGAUGCCAAGACCAAGCCAGCGGUGGACGGCGUGCAGCCUGCACCACCGCCCGUCAGCUUCUCAGAGCCACCCAAGAAACUUGUAUAUCGCAACAAGUACACAAAAAUUAAUCCCAACAUAAUUAUCGAUUGUUUGCAUAGUGAGCCCACUAUCAGAGCCCUAAAAAUGCUCUUCGACUGGCUCCGUAUUAACCCGGAAAUUCUCAUUGGCUGCUACCACUCUAACCCGGAGUUUGUGCACAAGAUCAUGAAGCUUCUGAACUACUGCAACAUCGACGUUUUCACCAGGAAGGUGUACUUUGAGCGCGAGCUCUUGACCACGACCAAUGUUCGCGAUUCUCUGGGCGAGCUGUUCGAUGUGCGGGCAAAUGUUCCUCUCACUGAGGACUUUGCCUUCAAGAACUUCGACAUUUUCCAGAGCACCCAGAUUACCUUGGAUUGGGAGACCAUUAUCCGCGAGCGAGUUACUUCCCAAGAAGAGUCUAUACUUCGUAUAUUCAAAAUGGUCGACUUUGGCUUUUUUAUUUGCAAACAAAAGAAGUUUAACUACAGAUUCUGCGUUAAGACGCGGCGUUUCACCGAAACUCAGAAGAAGAAACAGCGCGAGGAGAAGAAGGGUGGCGGAUCACGUCGCCGAGAGCGUCGCACUGCUCCGAAAACUAACCGAACAAAGCGGAAUGAAGGACGUACUCGUCGCUACUCCGAUCGCAAGAACGGUAUCGUUCGCAAGAGCUAUACCAGCAACGAGGAAAAGGACACCGUGGAGGAGUGUCGCAAGGUGCCACGUAAGGGUUACUUAAGGAAUCGGAAUGCCGAGAAGGCCGCUGCAGUCAUAGCCAGUGCCACAGGAACCUCUGUAGCCGGCGGCACCUCAGCCUCCACAACCACAAAUAGCGUCAUCGAGAAACUGAAUGUGCAAUCCAGCUCAGGGGCUGAUGAAGAGCGUUCGGAGGCAAAGUCAAAGAAGUGUGAGCUCAUGGGCAAACUCUGGUUGCAGAACGAGGUGGAGACCCUGGAAGAGGAGCUGCGGGACAGUCCCGCCCAUGUGGUGAUGUCCCCAUUCGUUGUGGUCGAUUCGAAGGCAUUGACCGAAUACAAUGGCAUAGUCAAGUCGUUGGUGAGGACCAAGAAGUGCAUUGUCCUCAUACCGAAUGCAGUGCUUAAUGAGUUGGAUGACUUGAAGAAACGCAGCGAGAAUGUCCGUCAUGUCAUCCGUUGGUUGGAACAGGAGUUUAAGCAGGGCAAUAGGCACUUGCGUGCUCAGCGCGAUAACGAAAGUCAGCCGCUUUCUUUGCUGAAGAUAUCACGCAAGAUGGAUCGUGACGCCUCGGUUUUCCUUCAAAUUGCUCAGUUUUGCAACCACCUGGUGGCCAACCAUGCCGAUCCGCACGUCAGCGAACUACAGAAGAGCGUGGUCACGUACUUGUCUGGUGAUAAUCUGCAUGAGAAAAACCGCCAGCAGCAGAACUUUAGCUAUACCGGCAUCCUAGACUCGAUACCCGUUCGCUAUGCCCAGAUUCAGAGCUUCUACGCCAAGUUUAAGGCCAACAAAAAAUGAACAAACCCAAGUGGAGCGGCAACGGUAGCGGGCGCUAAGGCGGCAAAGGCAACUGCAGACCAGGUGCAAUGCAAGCUAAAAAGGGUGCGAGCGUGUUCUCUCUGUACAACCACAAAUCGACAUGGAGUUCCAAAGUUAACGAAAGCCGUGGACGACGGCAAUACCAAACCAGCAAUCGCUGCUGCAGCCUCGGUUGUGGCCGUGUAUCCCCCAAAAAACUGAAACUGUUACCAUCAGCGGGAGCAUGAUUCCCCUAGCCCAGCCUAUGCAGCAGCAGCAUUGUGUGGAAUUUGCUUGUUGUGUUUAGACCAAACUAAAACAAAAUACCAAUCAAAAUCGUUCACUUUCAACUCAAUGGAUUAACUGAUGACGACUUCCCAGCUAAAUGUUAAAUGGACAAACGACAAAAGCAAUACCUACAAAAAAAACUUAUGGAAAAAAUCUAAAAAAAAAUCAAAUUUUCAAGAUCAACAGAAGGCGAGGCCUGAACGGUUCACGGAUAAGAGAUUUUCGUGGAGCACCUAGGAGUAGAGAAAGCGUUAUGACGGUGACCAGGACGGAUCGACUUUCUAAUCGGUUAUUUGCUUGAUGUACCAAUCCGUAUUCAAGAUUUCGACUUUCCUGCAUCGAGCUGGACUUGAGAUCCAAAGCUUUUCGAUCUUUUCUGCAGUUGUGUUUCGUUCUCGGUUUGGCAGACAGAGUAAAUUUAAAUUUUCACGCUUCUGACUAGGCAAUCUGCGUGACCUUCUCUAUAAAAACAAAAUAUAUGGUACAUAUAUAUAUAAAUAACAACUUACAUUUUAAUGUCUUAACUAAAGUUUCCCGCGUGGGACACAAUGCAAGUUUCCAACGAAAAAAUUAAGGAAAAAUGCCGCACAUACAUAUGUAAACAAAAUUCUACAUUAUUUAAAAUGUUUCCAAAAUUAAAAGCUUGUUAGAUUUUGUUUGAAAAAUAAAUAAAGCGCCCAAACACAAAAA